AUGGUACUCAUGGCAGCUGAACAAGUUGUGGAGCUUUAUGAUGACUAUUGGUUUGGUUUUGGUAUCUUUAACAGCAAACAACACAUUACUGACACCAUCCCAGUCGAUCUGCAGUACCGGGAACUAGGUCUCUCUCCAUCAGUUCAAACUCGAUCCCAGAGUCUUCACUGUCUUUGCUCUGAUACAAGUUUCAGUCUCAGUUCUCAGUCUCCACCAGAAUCUUUUAUAGUUGUAACGAAACUAGAAACUGUACUCUCUGGCAAAGAAGGCCUAGAUGUUGAAAUACCUAUAAGAAGACAAAAGGUGGAGAAGAAGCAGAGGAGACACAAGAAAGGCAGUAGGAGCUUGACAGAGCUUGAAGUUGAGGAGCUAAAAGGGUUUGUGGACUUGGGGUUUGUGUUUAGUGAAGAAGAUAAAGAUUCAAGCCUGAUUUCAAUAAUUCCAGGACUAAAAAGAUACAGAAAAGAAGGCGAGGAGGACAAAGUAUCAAGACCUUAUCUUUCUGAAGCAUGGGAUGUUCUGGAUCAAACAAAGCUAACUAACCAGCUUUUAGAUUGGAGACUUCGGAUUCCGAAUAGAGAAAUUGACAUGAAAGAACUUCUUAGAGUGUGGGCUCAAAGUGUGGCAUCUACUGUGAAAUGA